UCGAAAAACAGAGUAAACUUCUCCUGUCCACUCUUACGUAAAUCUUCAACUUUGAUGAGAGAUGAAGAAACCCAUCAUCCAAGAUCCAUCUACAGAUGUCAAAUUUCACCCUAAUAACCUCAAAUUGUUCAACAAAAAAGACGAAAAGGAUAGCUUUUUAAAGCUCUCGUUGCCUUUAUUCAUCACAUUUUGGCUCCCUUUUAUGAUUUCAUUCUCUACAUUUGGCCUCAAUCACGGCAAUGGAGGGAAUGUAGGUGUUUUUAGCAAGAACUUCACCAACUUGAGCUCAUAUCCAUACCUCGAAGAUCAAGGUCGAAAUCAUACAGAUAGGGUUCUUUUAGAGUUAAAUAUCUCUAGGGUUCAUAACGAUUCAACGUCUUACGAGGAAGAAACCGAGGGUAAUCCUCUUGACGAAACAACUUCAGCAGACGAAGUAUUCUGGAAAGUUUUAGGUUAUUCCUCAUUCGUCUGCGAACGACAAAUUCAAGACCUUUAUCUCGAAAACAGACAAGAAGAGGUCAAAUCAAGCCGAACCCAUCUAACAUAUCGUGAUUUGAAAGAGGUCACCGGCGCACCAAGCGGGUUAACCAACAUCACCCACCGGCUGGAGCCCGAUGGAACCAAGUACAACUACGCGGCGGCGUCAAAGGGGGCGAAGGUGGUGGCGCACGAUAAGGAAGCGAAAGGUGCAAGCAACAUUUUGUGGGAAGAUCACGAUAUGUAUUUGAGAAAUCCGUGUUCUGUUCCUGAGAAAUUCGUCGUCAUCGAGCUUGCAGAGGAGACUUUAAUUGAUGCAAUUACGAUCGCGAAUUUUGAACACCAUUCUUCGAAUUUUAAGAAAUUUGAAUUGGCGGGAAGUUUGGUUUUUCCGGCGGAAUCGUGGUAUGAGCUCGGAACUUUUGAGGCGGAAAACGUGAAACAUAAACAAUACUUUAAAUUACCUGAACCCAAAUGGGCGAGAUAUGUUAUGUUGCGAUUGAUUACUCAUUAUGGGUCGGAAUUUUACUGCACGCUUAGUGUUUUUCAAGCAUUUGGAGUCGACGCGAUUGAAAAAAUGCUUGAAGAUCUGAUCAUGGCGUCACCGGAAUCGACAGAGAGAAAGUUAUUAAACCCUAAUCUGAAAACCGAUGGUGAACUGAAGAAUAUGAUCGAAGGGGUUGAUGAUGGACUGAAAGUUCCUGAAACGGUGGCGAAAGGUAAUGGGCGGAUUCAUGGUGAUGCGGUUCUCAAGAUUUUGAUGCAAAAAGUUCGAUUGUUGGAGAAUAACUUUUUGUCGUUGGAGGAGGAGAUUAAUGGGGUGAACAUGAGACAUAGUGAUGUCGUUCCACAUCUUGAGAAAGAAAUCGCGAAAUAUUCAGGGCUUGUAGAGGAAACAAGAUCGGAAAUUGAGAAUCUUUAUCCAUGGAAGGAGAUUUUGGAGAAAGAAAUUGCGGAUUUGGAGUCAUGGAAGGCUUCGGUGUCAUUCCUUUUGGAAUCGGUAGUCAAAGAAAACAUCAUGAUUAGGCAAGAACUUGAGAAGGUUGUAAGUGAUGAAGAAAGCCUGGAUAAAACGGAGCAUGCUUUGUUGUCUGCAAGUGUUUCUUUCACCAUUGUUGUCACCUUAAAGAUUCUUUCAGAUCGAUUCUCAAACUCCUUUGGCGACUUACAUCACUGGAAAACACGCAAGGCAGAUUGGGGAUGGAAAUUUCUGGUUUUGACUUGCGUUAUUACAACAAUUGUUACUUUGACUUUUUGUUGAGUCUUUUUAUUGAUAACCUCAAGCCAUUGUACAUUAAUCUUUAGCAUUAGCCAUUUUUGCAGUUCAAGAUUGUGUCAGAGAUGAUUUAUUUUUAUUUUUUUAUAAAGAUUU